UGCAAAUCUGCGCUAAAGACUGACCCGAUUCGUAGUGAGUAGCUGAAGUCGAGUACCCGGGAAUUCCAUUAGCGUCCAGUGUUUCGCGGGCGUCAAUCUAAAUGUCGGCCCUCAGGGCCCAUGCUCUUCCUGUACGGAGCGCCCCUUUUGUAGGAUACCAGGCGCGGUCUCGUUGCGGGAGACGGGCUUGCUGCCAUCCUCCUCGCUCAACUGCAGUCCACACUGCUAGCGAGCUGGUCUGCUGGUUAAAGGAGAAUGGCGCAAAGAUUGAUCCAGUUGAGGUGAAGACGCUGGAUGUGCCGUCGGCGGGUCGGCCCCUGGACGUCGUGGUGGCGGGCCGGCCGCUGGCUGCCGGCGAGGUGGCCCUCAGCAUCCCCGAGCACCUGUGCGUCACGCUUGACCGCAUCUUUGAGAGCGAGUUCGUGGCCGAGCUGCUGACCACCGACAAGCUGAGCGAGCUGGCCUGCCUGGCGCUGUACCUGAUGUACGAGAAGAAGCUGAAGAAGAAGUCCUUCUGGUACCCAUACAUCAAGGAGCUGGACAAGCAGCGCGCUCGCGGCCCGCAGGCGGUGGAGUCGCCCCUGCUGUGGAGCGAUGAGGAGCUGGGCAGCCUGCUGCAGGGCUCCCCGCUGCUCCCCGCCGUACGGCAGCGGCUGGCGGGCAUCCGCAAGGAGUUUGAGGCGCUGGACACCGUGUGGUUCAUGGCGGGCUCCCUCUUCAACAAGUACCCCUUCAAUCUGCCCACCGAGACCUUCACCUUCGAGCACUUCAAACAAGCAUUUGCUGCCGUACAAGCCUCCAUCGUGCACCUACAAGGCGUGCCCAUAGCCAAGCGCUUCGCCCUGGUGCCCCUGGGGCCCCCCCUGCUGGCCUACUCCUCCACGUCCAAAUCCAUGAUGACAUACGAUGAGGACGCGCGGGCGGUUCGGUUGGUGGUUUCGGGGGCGGUGGCGGCAGGGCAGCCGGUGGCGGCCUGGUGCGGGCCGCAACCGAACAGCCGGCUGCUGCUGAACUACGGAAUUGUGGACGAGCAUAACCCCUUUGACAGGCUGCAGAUCACUGUCACCCUGCCCACCUCCGACCCGCUCUACCCCGCCAAGCGCGCUGCCGUACACGAGGCGGGCCUCGCCACCUCGCAGACGUUCGACAUCUCCGCCGCCCGCCCGCUGCCCGACCUGCUGCUGCCGUACAUGCAACUGGCGCUGGCGGCAACACCGCAGCAGGUUGCCGCCGUAUCCUUCGUCCCCGGCGCCCCCGCACACGACGCGGAGACGGACGCCGCCGCGCUGUCCGCCCUCAUGUCACAUCUGCAGGGGCGGCUGGCGGCCUACCCGCACCCUCUGUGGAGGGACCUGGAGAUCAUCGACGACCCCGCCGCCUCCCCACGUCAAAAGGUUGCUGCCCGCCUCACCAAGAUAGAGAAAUCGCUGCUGGGGGCGGCAGCGGAGGCGCUGGCGGCGCGCGGGGCGCCCUCCUCCCCCGCGGCGCUGCAGGCGGCUCAGGAGCGGUUGGCGGCUUCGGGGCUGCGGCUGGGGUCGUUGUUUGAGGGGCAC